GACAGUGUAGGACUAGACUUCAUUGUGGGAGUAUUGUACACAUGGCGGAUACGCGAAUGGAAGACACAGACCAUAAUGACAGGGAAUAUCUCCCGGAGGUUAAUCCCGUCAAUGUACAGGAUAGGAUUUCACGUAUUCUGAGUACUGUGACGGCGAAACGGUACAUUGUUAUUGGCCUUCUUACCGCAGUGGUAGUGUAUUUGAUGGUGGGACACGCGGCCCAGCUCCUGUGUAACUUCAUUGGAUUCGUCUACCCGGCGUACGCCUCCGUGAAAGCGAUCGAGACUCGUGAGAAGGCGGACGACACGAAAUGGUUGACCUACUGGGUCAUCUACAGCGUGUUCACCCUGCUCGAGCUGUUCGCAGAUGUGAUCUUGUUCUGGAUCCCAUUCUACUGGCUCUUCAAGUGUGUGUUUCUGCUGUGGUGUGUGUCGCCCAUCGCGUAUAACGGAUCGUCAGUGCUGUACUCGUGUGUGAUCAAACCUUUCGUCCUGAGACACCAGCGGCGAGUCGACCACGCUCUACAGGAAGGAAUGGCCGCCAUUAACCAAGUCCAGAAUAUCGCGGGUACUGCAGUGAGGAACGAAGCUUAUAAACGGCUGGUGAAUCUACCGAACUGACGUCACAUCCGGAUUUCAAACGGCUGGUGAAUCUACCGAACUGACGUCACAUCCGGAUUUCAAACGGCUGGUGAAUCUACCGAACUGACGUCACAUCUGGAUUUCAAACGGCUGGUGAAUCUACCGAACUGACGUCACAUCCGGAUUUCAAUCCGACUCAGAACGCACAAACUUGCAACCGAUAGCGUCUAUUCAGCAGUAACUGUUUUGUAAAUAGCAUACUAAUUUUCAGUAAAUAAAACAUUUAGCACGCUUA